AUGGAGAUCAUUCGGAUUAUCCUUGCUUGUCACCAACAGCCGGUAACCCUACCAAACCGGUCGGUAACUGGUCGCUUCGGUACCUGGCCGCCCGUCUAUCACCACAUGGAGCGAGUGUGGGCACUAUGCAUGGAUGUGGACCUGCAGGCGCCGACUGAUGUCACCAUCAAUGCCCUUGGCACCAUGGGCGACAAAGCUGGUGGGGGCCAGGCCGCAGGUAGCAGUGCUGGUGGAAGUGCCGCCACCAUCCCCAGCACCCGUGGUGGCAGCACCGCCGGCAGCCACACCAGUGGAGGCCAGCUGGACGGUGACAGCAACGGCAAAGGGCAACCAGGCAUCGGCAGCCCUGGAGCCGCUGAAUACUCAGUUGCCGAACUUGCGGCAGCACAGCACCUGCACUGCCAGUACUAUCACCUUGGUUACCGCAUGCUGGAGCGCCGGAGUGCUGCACCACAAACCUGGUGA